AUGGUGGAAGCUUCGCACAUAAUUCUAGCAGAAAAGAAAGGAAAUCAUGUCGGAGCUAACAAAAUUAUAAUGCCCGUCAAAGGGCGGAUUCAGCCGACGGCGUUCAAAGGAGUUUGGAAAUUCACCUCACAAAUCAAAUACGUGGAGGUUCUUUUCACAUGUGACUUAGGGAUUCUUCUACACGGUCGAGAACAAUACGACGAAGCAAUAAAAAGUUAUCAACUUGCCGUACAUUUCAGGCCUUCGUUAGCACUUGCUCAUCUGAAUCUGGGCACGCUUUUGGCUUCGAGAGGCCGGAACGAGGAAGCCGAGGCGGUUCUGGUCCGGUGUUCCCAGCUCGACGGAUCCGGAGUGAAAGACCCCCGGACACACCACUCGACGAGGGUCUCCGCUCUGGUCCACCUCGGCCGGAUCUACGCCGACAGAGGAGAGUACACGAAAGCCGUUCAGGCGUACACCCACGCCGUACAGAUCCGACCAGCCGAUUAUCAACCGCAGGUUCUUUACAAUCUCUUGGGUGAGGCGCUGACUCGGCUGGAGAAACACGAGGAAGCCGAAAGGUGGUUCAAAGCUGCCUUGGUGGCAAAGCCGGAUCACGUCCCAGCUCACCUCACUUACGGCAAGUUGCUGUCAAAAAACAAAACGAGGAUAUCUGAAGCUGAACAGUGGUUUAUCAAAGCCAAGAAGCUCGCUCCUUCAGACCCCACAGUCUACGUUCACUUCGGUCAGUUUUUGGCCGAACUGGAGAGGCAUGGAGAAGCAGCGAGUUUGUACCUGAAGGCCGCCGAACUGGCACCGAACCAGUACGAAUCAAUCGUCGGUGCCGCGACAGCACUCAGGCACGCUGGGAGGAACCACGAGGCGGAGCUCUUCUACAGAAAAGCGGUCCUUUUAAGGCCUCAUGAAGGAAGCAGCCACAGCAACCUGGGCGCAAUGCUUCAUCUCAACGGAAAAGCGAGCGAAGCAGCCCGAGCGUACAGGGAAGCCCUCCGGCUCGACCCAGGUGACAGGACGACCAUCGCAAACUUGAGAAAGCUCCAAGCCCUUCACGGGACCCGCCUCUGACCCCUCUCAUUCUCUUGUACAUAGAAUCACAGUAUUAAAAAAUUAUAUUGGGAAAAAAACUAUUUUUUGAUCGUAUAUUAAGUGUGAAAAAAAUGGAUUUAAAAAGAAAGACAAUACAUAAGAUACGACGUGUAUUCCCCUUAUUUAUUUGCUUUAUAUGGACAUGAACAGGUUUUCUGGAAUUUCGUUUUCGGGAGCAAACGUGUAGGCAGAUUUUGCGGUAAAAUUUGCAAAAAAUGUUAUAACUUUUAGAUAAAUAUCAUACAAAAACGGUUAUAAAUCAUUGGGAAAGUAAGAAUAAUAAGGAUAAUUUUAUAUUUAUUUUAUUAUACUUUUUAAUAUGUUUAUUUAACAACGCUUUAUGUACAAUUACA